AUGCACAACAAGAAACAAACAAGAAUGGACGAAACAGAGGGUAAAGAGUCAAGUAAGGCCCCGGAAAAGGACGGAUCUGUAUCCAAAGAUACACUAACAAUGGAACAUAGCGUUUUGUUCGAGUGGAAUAGCGUGGAUUCGGCGCUAAAUGUGCCCUCGAUGGCCCAUGACAAGAUCAAAAAGAUAUGCAUCUUCGACUUUGACAACACUUUGUUCAAGUCUCCAGGCCCAAACCCGCACUUAUACUCGCCAGAGUUGUAUAGGGCAUUGUUGAGCCCACAUGUGUUCAGUAACGGGGGCUGGUGGAGCGAGCCUCGGUUCUUGGGGUCGCUUAUCGAUGAGUUUUUGGACCGUUCCGAUGAGGUCGAUGACUCUGUUUAUUGGAACCGGGAGAUGGUUGAUGAGGCUAGGGAGUCGUGGUCCCACAGGGACGAUGGGACGUUGACUAUUCUGAUGACUGGUCGGAAAGAGCUGUUGUUCAGCGGGUUGCUGUCGAAGCUCGCGCACGAAGAAGUGUUUGGAGAGCCGUUGCACUUCCACGGCGCGUUCUUGAAACGGCAAGGGUAUGCGACGACCAUGGCGUACAAGUGCGCGUGCUUGCGGUCGCUAUUGGACUACUACUCGAAUGCAGAAGAGGUUGUGAUGUACGAUGACCGGAGGCAGCAGCUCGAAGGGUUCGAUGUGUUUUUCAACGAGUACCGGGAAGCAAGAGCCUUGAGCCGUGGCCAGGGCCAGGGCCACAGUCUCAAGCACACGCUAGUAGCGGUAGAGCCAGUGAUUGACUACUUGGCGCCCGCGAAGGAGAUAGCUACGGUUGCCGACAUUUUCCAGGAACACAACAACGAUGUGGAUUGCAAGAUGCAGGGGUUGAAGGGAAUGAUCCACGGUCCGAUAUGUUCGCUCAAGUUCCAGAUGGACCAUCUCACGCUAACUACCGAGAAGACCGAGAGCCCGCGACAGUACCUGCUGUUGGACUGCAGGGAGACACACAAGCUGAGGCUCUUGGUGGAGAAGAUGGGUGAGGACACGAACAUGGUGUAUCCGUUUUCGCUGCCGGUUGUAGUGGCCUGUCCCGACUCGAGUCAGCAGCAGCAGGAGGGUCCUGAGCAGAAGAUAGAGACACCUGAGCAGCAGCAACACAACCACCUCUCGGUACCUGGCCCCAAGAUCGUCACCCCAGACGUCUCCACCGACGACUUCCAAGAGCUGAUGGCCCAGCCGGACCGCGUGUUCCCGCACGAACCCAUUGAAUGGUCCAUCCACGAAGCACUCGUCCUAGACUCCAGAAAACUAGCAUUCACAGUAACCUCUGCCCAGAAACAAGGCAUGCACAUCCUCUUCACCUGCCCCUACAACGACGCCGACAUCCAGGACGUCAAGAACACCGGCAUGCCUCCACACAUCAACCAUUCGAUGCCCACUUUCACAGCAGUCGCCGUGCCCCGCUACACCUACACAAGCGAGCCUACCACCGGCCCUGCUACUACUACUACAUAUCACUAA